AUGAACAUUGUUAAGAAGGUCAACUACAGAUACAACAUCAUCUACAAGUUUCCAAGGCCAGUUCUGGAUGAUCUUCUCAAGCUAGCUAAUAGGUCUCCCCCUGAUAAUCAUAAUGUCUUCAGAAAGGAUUUUGGAAGGAUUUUGAGUUACCUGGAAGCUCCUUUCAAUGAGUACCAGAGGGAUGUCAUUCAUACUCUGUUACAGUUUUAUGAUCGCACUUUGAGAUGCUUCAUGUUCCUGAAUUAUCUGUUAGCUCCUACUUUGGAAGAGUACUCUAGUAUCUUGGACAUCCCUAUCUUGCACCAAUUACCUUUUCAUGCUUCCAUGAAGAAACCCAAUGCUGCUCAGGUUGUUGUUGCUCUUUAUUUGAGGGAAUCUAUUGUGAAGGUUAACUUUAAGAAGAAGGGAAGUGUUUGUGGUUAUCAUUUGAGUUUUCUGUUGAAAGAGGCUGGUGGUAUGGAUGACAAGGAAGAUUUGAGGGCUUUCAAUGAUGUUCUAGCUUGUUGUAUCUAUGGGAUUGUGUUAUUUCCUAAUGAAGUGAAGUACAUUGAUGAGAAUGUUGUUGUUAUCUUCAUUCAAAGGAAUCAUGUGUUAACUCUCCUAGGAGAUGUUUAUCAUUCCAUACAAUCUAGAAGUUACAAAGGGAAAGGUGGUGUGAUCCAUUAUUGUGCACCAUUGUUAUACCAUUGGUUUAGAAGUCUCCUCCCUUUCCAAGGUUCUUUUGUUGAUACCAAAGACACCUUAAAGUGGUCCCAAAGGAUGAUGGAACUAACCUCCAAGGACAUCGGCUAG